AUGGCCACCUUCGCUGGGCUAGAGCUGCCCUCGGGGCUUGCGGCGACAGGCUGCAUCCUCGGGCUCCUUCUCGCUGGAACCUUCUUCUUCAUGGUGGCUCCCCAGCCGGAGGAUCCCAAAAUCGUGAAUAAAUAUCGGUGGGACUAUUUUGAAGCCAAAGCUAGACGGGAAUUUGACAUGAGGGCUGAGGAAUUGAUCAAUAACGGAGUCGCCAGGGCAACUUCAACCUUUCAUAUGAUCACUGGGUUUGGACUUCGAUUGAUUCUGUCGGAUAAACUGGCCGAUGCAGCGGGCAUGGAUGACCGGCUGGACCAAGACAAGGGAAUUGCUUCGGUCAACCUUGUCCAUUUGAAAGGCCUUGAGACCAAAUUUGCCGGUGAACUACACGACUCGGUUCCACGUCCGGCGGCGAGUGCCACAUCCAAACGAUUGGUGCAUUUGACCCGACCUUUCUCAGACGAAACAGAGGAUUACCUGCAGAAAGUAUGGACCGACUCGACAGAAUGGCAUGAGCUGUUGCUCUACCCCAUGGUAGGCCGAAUGACGGCCCAGAUAACAGGACGGGCCUUUGUCGGACCCAAUCUGUGUCGCGAUCCUCGUUGGCUCGAGAUCAUCGCGACUUAUUCUGUCAAACGAUACGCAGCCGUCGUGGCCGUCCAGCAAUUUGCCACUUUCCUUCAUCCCUUCGUCCACCGAAUUCUUCCGGCCUGUCGCAAGCUUCGGGAUCAAGUUCGACAGGCUCGAGAACUCAUUCAGCCGGAACUGGACCGCAUAAAGCACAAGAAGGUGGUGGAUGAGGAGUUCACUAGCUUGGCAUGGAUCCAUGAGUUUGCCCAGGGUUCCAUCUACGAUGCCGGUCUGGCGCAACUGCGACUUGCAGCUGUGGCUAACCACACCACCACUGACAUGAUGUGCAAAAUCAUGAUCCGACUUUGCCAGCACCCAGAGCUGAUCCAGCCGCUUCGCGAGGAAGCUAUCUGGGCUGUUCGAGAUGGUGGGUUGCGCAUUGCUGCCUUGCAGAAAAUGUUCCUGAUGGAAAGCUUCAUGCAAGAGAGCCAGCGUCUGGAACCAUUUAUGCUCUUAUCCAUGUUUCGCUACGCCACGGAGACAGUCGACCUCCCAGACGGCACCAUAAUCCCCCAGGGAACCCUCAUGGCCGUCGCAAACCCCAGCCGACUAGAUCCUACAAUCUUCCCCGACCCUGAGAAGUUUGACGCCUAUCGUUUUGUCAAGUUGCGCCAAGACCCCGAGCGUGCCCAUCUGGCCCCGUUCACGAAGACCAGCUACAGCCAAUUGAACUUUGGUCACGGUAAACAGGCGUGUCCGGGAAGAUUCAUCGCAGUGAAUGAGAUCAAGAUCGUACUCUGCCACAUUCUACUGAAGUAUGACAUGGAACUUGUCGAAGAAGCCCCCUCGGAGCUGGUCCGAGUUGGUCUUUUGACCGUGUGUAAUCCCGGCACGAAGAUUCGAGUGAGGAGAAGAGAGGAGGAAGUUGCCUUAUAA